CGUUUAAUUCAUUAUCAUCGAGCAAAAAAAUUUCAUCAUCCUCUUCAAACUGUUCAAUUAAUUAAUAAAAAUAAUCGAUCAAAAUCUGAACCAAAUUUAUUAUUUUCAUUAUCAUCAAAUCAAAUUGCAACAACAACAACAACAAAUGAUCAUUAUCAAUCAUUAAAAACAUUUCGUCAAUGGAUUAAAUCAUCAUCAUUUGGUCAAUUUAUUCAAUCAUUUAUUAAAAAACCAAAUGAAAAUACAAAUAGUUCAAUUAAAAAACAUCUCAAACAAAAAUCUUCUCGUAAAUCAACAAUAUCAACAAAAUAUUCUGAUCUUAUUUAUUAA